AUGUCUGCCGGUUCGCCGCACCCGGAGGACGUUGCGAAAAUCUCGCAGCUGUCCUCCAUCAACCCGGACUCGAUCUUUUCGCUGCUCCGCGACCGCUUCUUUUCCUCGCUGCCCUACACGGCCCUCUCGGACUCGAUCCUCGUCUCGGUCAACCCGUACGCCUCGAGCGGCAACCGCAACAGCGAUGACACGCUGCGCGAGUACACCCGCAACUACCGCGAGACGAGCAAGCAGGCGCGCGGGCCAGACCUGCCCCCGCACAUCUUCGGGCUCGCCUGCGACGCCUACUUCUACAUGAGGCGGACCGGUCAGGACCAGAGCAUCCUGCUGGCCGGCGACACGGCGAGCGGCAAGAGCGAGCUGCGGCGCCUGGCGGUGCGGACGCUCAUCGACCUCAGCGUGACGGCGCCCGGCAAAAAGGGCUCCAAGCUGGGCGUCCAGAUCCCGUCGGCCGAGUACGUGCUCGAGUCGUUCGGCAACUCGGGCACGCUCGAGAACCGCAACGCCUCGCGCUUCGGCAAGUACACCGAGCUCCAGUUCAGCGAGCAGGGCCGGCUGAUGGGCGCCAAGACGCUCGACUACUACCUCGAGCGCAACCGCGUCGUCUCGGCGGCGGGCGGCGAGCGCAACUUCCACGUCUUCUACUACAUGGUGUCGGGCGCCUCGGACGAGGAAAAGGAGUACCUCGGCACCGGCGACGGCUCCGGCUUCCGCUACCUCGGCCAGGCGUCGAGGCACAAGGACGCGGUCCACGAGGACGCGCUGCGGUUCGGCCGCUUGAAGCAGGCCUUCAAGAACGUCGGCUUCUCAAAGCGCCACGUGGCGUCCAUCUGCCAGGUGCUGGCGGCCAUCCUGCACCUGGGCAACAUCGAGUUCCACUAUGACCGACACCACACGCAGGACUCGGCGUCGGUGCGCAACGCCGACGUGCUCGAGAGGGCGGCCGACUUCCUCGGCAUCCCCGCCAAGGCGCUCGAGGAGGCGCUGACCUACAAGACCAAGAUGAUCAAGAACGAGGUGUGCACCAUCCUCCUCGACGCCGACGGCGCCUCGAACCACCGCGACGACCUGGCCAAGUCGCUCUACUCGCUCCUCUUUGCGUGGAUCAACGAGAGCCUCAACGAAAAGUUCUGCCGCGACGACUUCGACACGUUCGUCGGCAUCCUCGACCUGCCGGGCUUCCAGAACCUCUCGCGCGGCAACUCGCUCGACCAGUUCUGCGUCAACUUCGCCUGCGAGAGCCUCCACCGCUACCUGCUGCGCUCCGUCUUCGAGCGCAACCGCGACGAGUACGCCGACGAGGGCAUCACCUACCUCUCGCCCGACAUCCCCUACUUUGACAACGCCGAGUGCCUGCGGCUGAUGACCAACCAGCCGGGCGGCCUGACGCACAUCAUGGACGACCAGGCGCGGCGGAUGCCCAAGAAGACGGACCACACCAUGAUCGAGGCGUUUGGCAAGCGGUGGGGCAACCACCCGUCGUUCAAGGUGGGCCCCGCCGACCGCAGCGGCUUCUCGAGCUUCACCAUCAGCCACUACCACUCGGCCGUCACCUACACCAGCGAGAACCUGCUCGAGCGCAACAGCGAGGUCGUCAGCCCGGACUUUGUCUCGCUGCUGCGCGGCAGCGGCGGCGACGGCGCCGGCGGCAAGGGCGGCUUCGCCUCGGACCCGAACGCCAGCCCGGGCUCCAAGGUUCCCUUCAUGUACGCGCCGUCGCGCAACAUGUUUGCCGACGCCGCGGGCGGCAAGGCCGGCGGCGCCGGCGGCAACGGCCUCUACAACGAAAAGGGCGGCGCCACGGCCUUUACCGAGGAGCCGUCGGGCGAGGUGGCCGAGGAGGUGCAGACGACGUCGGCGCGGCGCAAGUGGGUCGCCCUCACCUGGCUGCUGACGUUCUGGGUGCCGACGCCGCUGCUCAACUGGAUCGGCGGCCUGCGCCGCCCCGACAUCCGCAUGGCGUGGCGCGAGAAGCUCGCCAUCAACAUGAUGAUCUGGUUCAUCUGCGGCUGCGCCGUCUUCGUCAUUGUCGUCCUCGGCAACCUCAUCUGCCCCAAGGAGCACGUCCUGACGCAGAACGAGUUCCGCUCGCACAUCGGCGACAACUCCUACACGGCCAUCCGCGGCGAGGUCUUUGACCUGAGCGAGAUCACGGCCAUGCACCGCUCGAUUGUCAGCGUGGUGCCCGACGACUCGAUCCUGCGCUACGCCGGCUACGACGCCACGCCCAUCUUCCCUGUCCAGGUCAAUGCGCUGUGCAACGGCGUGACGGGCAGCGUCAGCCCGUGGGUGCAGCUGUCCAACGACAACGCCACCGACAAGAACGCCCAGUACCACGACUUCCGCACCUUCCACACCGACGACGCCCGUCCCGACUGGUACUACCAGACCAUGUGGCUGCUGCGCUCCAACUACCGCCGCGGCUUCCUCGGCUACACGUCCGACGGCAUCCGCGACCUGCUCGAGGACAAGCGCUCGGUGGCCGUCUACCGCGGCGGCAUCUACGACGUCACCGACUACGUCAAGCAGGGCAACCAGGGCGCGCUGCGCGCCCCUGACGGCCAGCAGGCGCCCGCGGGGACCAACCUCAAGUUUAUGUCGGACCCCAUCAUCAGCCUCAUCACGCAGAACCCGGGCAAGGACAUCACCAAGCAGCUCGACUCGCUGCCGCUGCCGGCCGACGUCCUCGAGCGCCAGCGCGUCUGCCUGCGCAACCUCUACUUCAUCGGCAAGGUCGACCACCGCAACUCGGCCAAGUGCAAGUUCUCGCAGUACAUCCUGCUGGCGCUGUCGCUCGUCAUGGUGGCCAUCCUCGGCUUCAAGUUCCUGGCGGCGCUCCAGUUUGGCCGCGCCCGCAAGCCCGAGGACCACGACAAGUUUGUCAUCUGCCAGGUGCCCUGCUACACCGAGGGGGAGGAGUCGAUGCGCAAGACGAUCGACUCGCUGGCGGCGCUCAAGUACGACGACAAGCGCAAGCUCAUCUUUGUCAUCUGCGACGGCAACAUUGUCGGAUCGGGCAACGACCGCCCCACGCCGCGCAUCGUGCUCGACAUCCUCGGCGCCGACCCCAACCUGGAGCCCGAGGCGCUCAGCUUCCUCUCGCUCGGCGAGGGCAGCAAGCAGCACAACAUGGCCAAGGUCUACUCGGGCCUCUACGAGCACCUCGGCCACGUCGUGCCCUACAUUGUCGUCGUCAAGUGCGGCAAGCCGACGGAGCGCUCGCGGCCGGGCAACCGAGGCAAGCGGGACUCGCAGCUGGUGCUGAUGCGCUUCCUCAACAAGGUCCACUUUGGCCUGCCCAUGAACCCCAUGGAGCUCGAGAUCUACCACCAGAUCAAGAACGUCAUCGGCGUCAACCCCAGCUUCUACGAGUACAUCCUCCAGGUCGACGCCGAUACCGAGGUCGACAGCCUGUCGCUCAACCGCUUCAUCUCGGCCUUCAUCCGCGACAAGAAGGUCAUCGGCCUCUGCGGCGAGACGGCCCUCUCCAACGCCAAGGCCAGCUUCGUCACGAUGCUCCAGGUGUACGAGUACUACAUCUCGCACUACCUGGCCAAGGCGUUCGAGUCGCUGUUUGGCUCGGUGACGUGCCUGCCCGGAUGCUUUUCCAUGUUCCGCAUCCGCACCCCGGACACCCAUCGCCCGCUCUUCAUCGCCUCGGCCAUCGUCGAAGAGUACUCCGAGAACCGCGUCGACACGCUCCACACCAAGAACCUGCUUCACCUCGGCGAGGACCGCUACCUGACCACGCUCGUCCUCAAGCACUUUGGCAAGUACAAGACCAUCUUUGUGCGCGACUGCAAGGCCUACACGGUGGCCCCCGACGACUGGAAGGUGCUCCUGUCGCAGCGCCGCCGCUGGAUCAACUCGACCGUCCACAACCUCGUCGAGCUCAUCUUUACGCCCGGCCUGUGCGGCUUCUGCCUGUUUUCGAUGCGCUUCAUCGUCUUCAUCGACCUGCUGUCGACCGUCAUCGCGCCCGUCACCGUGGCCUACAUUGCCUACCUCAUCGUCCUCGUCGCCACCGACAACGGCACCAUCCCCCUCACCGCCAUCAUCAUGCUCGCCGCCAUCUACGGCUGCCAGGCCCUCAUCUUCCUCCUCAACCGCAAGUUUGAGAUGAUCGGAUGGAUGAUCGUCUACAUCAUCGGCAUCCCCAUCUGGUCGCUCUUCCUGCCCCUCUACUCGUUCUGGCACAUGGACGACUUCUCGUGGGGCAACACGCGCGUCGUCAUGGGCGAAAAGGGCCAGAAGGUCGUCGUCCACGACGAGGGCAAGUUCGACGCCAGCGACAUCCCGCUCCAGACGUGGACCGAGUACGAAAACGAGCUGUGGGAGCGCAACUCGGCCAGGUCGAUUGGCUCCAUCAUCGAGGCGGCGCGCAACGAGAGCAAGUCGCUCGUCGGCGGCGGCGGCGGCCCGGGCACGGGAGCCGGGUCGCGCGCCGGGUCGGCCUACGCGCCCAGCCUCUACGGCGCGCCCAUGCUGCCCCACAACGGCAGCUUCGGCCACAGCCCCACGCCGUCCCAGUACGGCGGCACGCCCUCGAUCGUCGCCGCGCCCGCCUACGGCUUCCCGCAGCCCGACAUGGCGCGCCAGUCGACGUACAGCAUCGGCGGCAUGGGCGGCGGCGGCAACGGCGGCGGCUACGCCACCCCGGCCAUGUCGACCUACGGCGGGCCGGCAUCGACGUACGGCAUGCCCGUCGGAGGCGGCUUCAUGGCGCCCCAGGGCCAGUUUGGAAGCGGCGCCAGCAUCUACGGCGGCUUCCCCGGGCAACAGCAGCAGAUGUACCCGCAGGCCGCCGCAUCGCUGAUCGCCGAGAGCGACCUCACGACGAUCACCAAGAAGCAGCUGCGCGCCAAGCUCGAGCAGCGCUAUGGCACCUCGAUCGACGCCAAGAAGGCCUUCAUCAAUGCCCAGAUCGAGGCGACGCUCUCCGAGGCGUAG